AUGAGGGCGGCGUCUGCGCCUACAGGCUCUGCGUUCGGGGGAACCCUGUCGCGCGUCGCCUGUCGCAGUCGCAUUAGGAACGUGCGAAGCUCCGGCUGGGCGUCGGACGGCGAGGACUCGGACAACGACGGCGACUGGUGUGCGACGGUCGCGCACGACGACUGGGCUCCGGUGCGACGGCGACUAUCCUUCGCGGAGCAAGAGUCCAUGGGCGACGAGGCUGCGACGACAGGCAGGCCGGGAAUUGAGGAGCGAGGGGCGGAAAUUUCCCCCUGUGGCGCAGUGAGCGACCUUCUCGCUGCGUUCUCUCGCACGUGCUCCAUCGCCGCCUCGUGCCCUGCGCCCGCUGCCACGUGUCCACCCAUAGUUGCGUCGCAAGAAGCGUCGCACGGCAUGAAGGUCGCAUUCGCGGCAGGAGCGCUGGUUAGCGCCCCAGGGGAGCGCGGAAGAGGGGGCUGCGAAGGCGGGGAGCGGGGGUUGGGGUGUGUAAGGGCGGAGAAGAGAAGGAGGGAGAGUGAUAGCGAUGGGGAUAAGGAAAGUGGGGAAGAGAGUGAGGAGGAGAGCGGUAGUGGCGGCGACGGUACGUCUGGGAGUGGUGACGAUGGGGAUGACGAUGAGGAGGGAGAGGAGGAAGAGGAGGGAGAGGAGGAGGAAGAGGAGGGAGAGGAGGAGGAAGAGGAGGACGAGGACGAGGAAGAGGAGGAGGGUGAAGAAGAGGAGGAGGGUGAAGAAGAGGAGGAGGGUGAGGAGGAGGAGGGAGAGGAGGGCGAAGAGGACGAGGAAGAGGAGCGUAAAGAGGUAGAGAUGAAGCAGGUGCUUCCGGAGCAGCAACAGCGCGAGAAGCAGCAGCCCCAACAGCAGCAACAGCAGCAAGAGCGAGAUCAUCAUCAGCAGCAGCAGCAGCAGGGCGCGCAGCAGCGGCAGGGCGAGCAGUACGAGGAGAAGCGGGUGUACGUGGGCGGGCUGCCGUACUACGCGACAGACGACGCCAUCCACGAGUGCUUCGAGGGGUGCGGCCGCAUCGCGCUCAUCCACCGCCUGCACUUCCCCGACUCGGGCCGCUUCCGAGGAAUCGCGCUCGUCACCUUCAAGGUACGCGCGCUCACGCUACCUUCUCCCGUCCGCGCCUCCGCUCCCCCCUGCGCCCUCUCCCCUUGCCCCUUCUCUGCCCCUGUCGCACCUCUGGCCUUGCCCACUCCGGCCCACCUCGGUUUGAACCUCAAGCUCUCUCCCCACGCACUCCUCUCGCUGGCGGCUGUGCUGCUGCUCUCAACUCACCCUCUUCCCCUCUUCCGCCCAUGUGAUUGCAGACGGCCAUCGGAGCACGGAAGGCAUUGGAGCUGGACGGCGUUGACAUGUAAGCCGCUCCACUUGCUCCGUCGCUUGCCUCUCUCAACUGCCCCGCUCGCCCCCCCUCUGCCCCGCACGUGCUGCACUGUGUUGUCGCUGUCCUCUACAUCCCCUGCCUGCACAAUGACACCGCCAUUCGCAUGCUGCCUUCCCCUGCUCACCCUCACCUGUAUCACCAUCCCGCACCUACACUUCCCCCGUUCCCGCUCUUCACCUAAUACGUGCUCCUGUCUCUCUCUUCUCCCCCCUCUCUCUCUCCCCAGGGACGGUCGUUUCCUUCGCAUCAAGCCCUGCCGCGUCAACCCCUCCUCUGCCUCCUCCGCCCCCACUUCAACCACCCUCUCCACCGCUCAACCCACCUCCGCCACCACCACCGCCGCACCCCACCCAAAGGCUACAUCCGACUUGCCGCCUCCCCAGCGCGCGCCAGGCAGUCUCCGCGCGUACGUGGGCAACCUGGCCUGGAGCAUGGACGAGGCGGCUGUAGCGGCGUUCUUCCCCGGCUGUAGCAUCACGGCCGUGCGCCUGGCGAGGAAUCCCGAGACCGGGCGGCACAAGGGGUACGGGCACGUGGAUUUUGCGGAAGAGGAGAGCCUGGAGAGAGCGGUUGAGAGGAAUCAGCACGUGGCGUGUGGACGGCCGGUUAAGGUGGCUUAUGCUGUGGCUAGCAAGGGGGGUGUGGCGGGCGGAGGGGGUAUGGGGGCCGGAGGGUCAGGGGGUGCAGGGAGGAUGGGAGGAGCAGCAGGGGGAGGGUUCGGAGCAGCAGGGGGAGCAGGGGGAGCAGGAGGAGGGGGCGGGGGGCAUGGGAUUGCAGGGGAGAUGGGGGAAGGUGGGGAUGCAAUGGAGCAGGAGCAUGAAGGGGCGGGGGGAAGGAAGGGUAAGGGAAGGAAGAAGGGUGCAGAGGGGUGCUUUGUGUGUGGUGAUGAGGGACACAAGUCGUUUGACUGCCCUGAGAAACACCGCAAGAUGAAGCGACAUAAGAGCCAGUGA